GCAGGUCAGAGGAGAAGCAUCGCUUCGCAGAUUGGAGCACAAGUGACGGCAUCUGACACAGUGCUGAAGUAGCCUCCGCCUCAUAUACCAUGCAACGGUGCUCUUUUGGAAGUAGGAUGCUGUCGCCUGCAAAUAGAACGUGACUGAACUACGGUGCACCACCAGUGCAAUCCGGAUUUAGUCAAAUCCUCAACGAACAGCAGUCUCAACAAGAGCAUUGUUGUAAUCGGCUUCUCCACACAGGGAACACCCAUCGCUCCAUUCAGAUUCCUGCUUUAUUCCUCACCUUGUCAGGAGAGGACAUCUUACUAGUCGGAACUGUUCACGGAGCUCAACGCGCGUCCAGGAGUUAAGAGUUUAUAAAGGGUUUAUGAAAAAUUGCUGGUAUCUCGGAAUUGUCAGCAACUAUUAGGCUAAUUGAACAGUCCGUUUUAGAUAUUAUCUUAAAGACGCUGAUCAUGUGUUAUACGAGAACUGAAUAGUCGUGUAAGUUGUAGGCUAAUAUAAUUCAAGGAUUCAUUUCAUCAUGAGUACUAACGCAGGUCCUUACCAGCCUGGCUCCUACAGCAGCAGCAGUGGCAGCAGUGGGGGCGGUCGAGGCCAUGGCUCCUCAUCGACCAUCCACUGCCAACGCUGCAGGGACGUCUGCAAGGGCGAGGUAGUGCGCGUCCAGAACGUCCACUUCCACGUUAAGUGCUUCACAUGUCAAGUGUGCGGCUGCGAUCUGGCGCGCUCCGGAUUCUUCCAGAAGAGCGGCGAGUACAUCUGCACGGAGGACUACCAGCGGCUAUAUGGCACGCAGUGCGACAGCUGUGGCGAGUUCAUCACGGGAGAGGUGGUCUCAGCCCUGGGCCGAACCUACCACCCCAAGUGCUUUGUCUGCAGCCAGUGCAGGAAGCCAUUUCCCAUCGGGGACCGAGUGACGUUCUGUGGGAAGAAGUGUGUUUGUCAGCAGUGUUCCCACUCCCUCGUCAGCACCAAUGAGCCUGUCAAGAUCCACGGACCCAGCCACUGUGCAGGCUGUAAUGAGGAGAUCAAGCAGGGCCAGUCCCUCCUGGCUCUGGAGAAACAGUGGCACGUCAGCUGCUUCAAGUGUCAGACCUGUGGCACUGUGUUGACCGGGGAAUACAUCAGCAAGGAUGGGAUUCCGUACUGUGAGUCAGAUUACCACACCCAGUUUGGAAUAAAGUGUGAGACUUGCCAUAGGUACAUCAGUGGGAGAGUUCUUGAGGCAGGAGGGAAGCACUACCACCCCACCUGUGCCCGCUGUGCCAGAUGCCAUAUGAUGUUUGCUGAGGGGGAGGAGAUGUAUCUGACAGGCUCAGAGGUCUGGCAUCCCACGUGUAAGCAGUCGGCACGGAUGGAGAAGAAACUCAGACUAAGACGUACCUCUGAGGCCUCUAUCUCUCCUCCUGGAUCCAGCAUUGGCUCUCCAAGCCGCGUAAUUUGUGCCAAAGUGGAAAACGAGAUCCUAAAUUAUAAAGAUCUGGCUGCGCUGCCUAAGAUUAAGGCUAUUUAUGACGUGCAGCAGCCCGAUCUCAUUCCCUAUGAGUCUUAUCACACAUACUGCUCUGAUGACAGACUAGAGCGCUACAGCUAUGGGGAGUCCCUGGGGACUCUUUCUCCUUAUUCUCAGGACAUCUAUGACAGCAUGGACGUCCGGCGCCGCCGCUCCGCCAGUCCCGGCUACAUUGACUCGCCCACCUACAGCCGGCAGGGCACGUCCCCCACAGUGCCUCGCUCGCCCCAGCUCUACUACCGCUCGGGCACUGAGAGUGGCAGGAGCUCUCCCUAUUACAGUCAGCUUGACGCCAGAUCGAGCACGCCCACCACGAACCCAGCACCCAAGCAUUUUCACGUGCCAGUCAGCAGAACAUCUAUGUCGAUGUCCCCCGGCGCAGCUACAGCGGAGACCAACAUCUACAGGAAACCUCCCAUCUAUAAGAGACAUGCCACAAAAAGUAAAACCAGUGAGGAUAUCCUUCACUCCUCUCAGCUGUCCUCGUCCUACUCGCCAGACCACUGCCAACACUCCGAGUCUGACUACUACCACUAUUCCAGCUCCCCUAGAGCCCCUCGAGCGCGGAGGUUCUCCUCAGGUGGCGAGGAGGACGGGUGGAGCCAGAGCCUGAACAGAAUCCAAGGCGGCAUUGGUCGGAUGAUUCUAAAAGAGGAGAUGAAAGCCCGAUCGGGCUCGUAUGAUAAUGACCCCUGGGGAAGCGCACGCAACUCCCGCAGUGGCAGCAAAGAGGCCCUGCACAACAUGGGCUACAGCAACACUGUCAAUGGAUCUCCCCGGUCACACUACAGUGCAGACAGUGACUCCUACAUCUCCAAGUCAGCUUCUUUGCCAGGUUAUGGCAGGAAUGGUCUGAACAGGCCCCAGAGUGCGGAUUAUUACCAUUACGACAGCAGUAAUGCUGUAAACUGGGGAUACAGAGACUACAAGGUAUAUCCAUAUGAAUCUCUCAUAGUGACCAUGAGGGGGCGCAGUCAGCUACCCAGUGAUGUAGACAGGACAAAAUUAGAGCGUCAUCUAUCACCAGAGGAGUUCUAUCAAGUGUUCAGGAUGUCAGUGGCCGACUUUGACCGACUGGCACUGUGGAAACGGAACGAACUGAAGAAACAAGUGCGACUGUUCUAAGUGCCCGUGCUCAACGCCCAGCCUCUGCCUCAGGAUUGCUCUGGACAGGGUUGAAGGAGGGACCAUUAAAAUGGAGCCUGGCCACCCCAAACUGCUCUCUGUAGCGGCACCAGUUGGACUGCUUGACACAGAAAUGGUUCAUGGCACUAUAGACCCCCAGAGGAGGUUCGGAGACGCUUAGGGAAGUGCAGGGAGUUGGAUGUGUGGGGGGUGGCCGGUUGAGUUGCUGCUUUCUCCUUUGAGCCACGUGCACUAACAAAAAUGGAUAGACUUAGAGACUAUAGAAUUCACUGAAGAGGCCACUAAUGCUUUCAGUUUUUUCUGUAUGUGUGUGUGUGUGUGUGUGUGUGUGUGUGUGUGUGUGUGUGUGUGUGUGUGUGUGUGUGUGUCUGUGUGCGCGCGUGUCACCCCACACUACACAGCAAGCUCAGUUUCAAGAGUUAAGAGUGGUUGAAAGUUGCCUUAAAAAUGAUCACAGAGUGUUAGUUAAGAACACCAGCAACUGUGGAAUCCGAAUGUUUAUAUCAGCGAAACAGAUUCAGUGUGACUCAGACUGCUUGGGGAGUGAUGGCUGGAAAUGCGUGACAGAUCAUAAGCACUGUGUAAAAUGACAGGUGAACACAGGAGAGAGAGUCCUAUGAUGCUAUAUUUCACUAACAAGAAUUUAGUUUGAACUUAAUGAAUGGAUUGGUUGAUACAUUUACUGUUCAUGUGUUUGAAAAAAGGAGUGGUUUUUGUUAUUUGCAUACCAAAGUACUGGUAAAUCAAAUAUAUUGACAUGCUAUUUUCUGUUUACUUACUCUUUGUCCAUGACCUAAACUUAAUGUACACAAUUUGAGUUAGUAAACUGACUGACGUAUAUGGAUCCAAAGAAUGUAUAAUAUAAUGGCAUCAAGAAACACAACAGAGGAAUGAUGCAUUUUUCAUUUCAGAGAUGUUGAAAUAAUGGUAAAAGUACUUUUUAAAAUAGAGGUGCGCAGAUAUGGAUGGUAAUCGUAAUAUCUUCCUAAUAGCAAAAGAGAACAGCUAGUAUAGAGUACACAAGUUGUCUUAAUUAUUUACAAGGUGAAAAAUGGCCAGUUGUAUUUUGAACAAACUGCCAUAUGUGUUCUGCCUGCCACUGAUAUUUGUGGCAUUUGGAGUAACCAGAAAAAAAAGGAUCUGUAAUUUAAAGUAAUGUUUAUAUUCUUUUUGUAUCUUUCAGUGAAAAACAACUGGUUUUGACUUCCCUUGUAAUGGCUUUGAAAAGACCGAUAUACUGCUACUGAGAUGAAACUGGGAUAAGUAAAUGAUGGGAGUAGUGAGAUUGGAGUGAGGUCUGUGGGAUCAUUAGGAUUGAAUGGAGUGAAAAUGUUUUUGAGAUUUGUGGAAGAUAUGUGAAACUAAAUUGUUUAAAAAGAGUAAUUAAUAUGUGAGAUGAACAGUGUGUAAAACCAAGUCAUUUUAGUUGUGCUGAACACUGGUAACUUUGUCAAUACAGUAUGAUCAACUGGUUAAAUGCCUGAAAUUAUGCUGUAGUAGCCAGUACUACAGCCGUAGUUCUUACCUGGAGAAAGUGGCUUUCUAGUCUAUCUUUGGUUAAUGGAAUUUAGAACCUAGGGACAGGCUUAGUGCAGAUCUCUUUCCUUUAUGGGGGUUGUCGGUGUGGCUGCAAUGGGACAUUGUGGAAUAAUCGUUUUGCCAAGCAUACACUUAAAGCAAUGUUGAUUAGUUGCAGAACAAAUUCAUUUGCAAUUUUGAAUUUUGUCUGUGCAAUUUAUACUGUUUGUUUUGUUUGUUUGUUUAUUUUCAAGUAACCACGUUGCACAUAUGCCAGUUUCAGGAAUGGUUAAGUAAUUGUCUUUAUAACAAAUAGAAAAGGCUUACAGUUGUUCAAGAUUUCUCAAGAUCAGCUACAGUAAUGAUUACUAACUGCCACAUUUGUUUGUAUUUUUCUGGUAAAUAAUGUCUCCAACUGGAUAUAUGUCUUUCAUUCACACGGCCCUCCCACGGCACUAAAACUUAGGCCUACAUAUUUCAUAACAGUGAAAUAACUCACACCUUUUGUAGGUGAUAGAAUUGUUGGGGAAAGAUGCCAUAAACAUAUUACAAAUGUUAGAACAUUUUUAAACUGGUUUCAUUUUGUAACUGUACAACAAUCAGCCGAUAGUUAAUUUAAAAUCAAUAAGACAUCAGAGCAAAUUGUGUAUAUAUUUUAUUUAAAAUAAAAUGUGUUUUCAUGUCAAAAAAA